AUGUCCGACACAUGUGCACCACAUAGUGACUACAGCUUUCCCCGCGAUUUUAAAGGAUACGGAGAGAAAGGGGUACAAGGGCUGGAAUGGCCUAACAAUGCCAAAAUUGCUGUGUCAUUUGUCAUUAAUUAUGAAGAGGGCGCUGAGCAUUCAAUCGAAAAUGGUGACGAGAUCUCAGAGACGACUCUCCGUGAAUUCCCUGGGACAGUGCGUAUCAAUGAGCGCGACUACAACGCUGAAUCAGAAUACGAAUACGGCUCUCGAGUUGGCUUCUGGAGACUGUUUAAGCUAUUUAACAAAAACAACAUGAAGUUCACUCUCUAUGCUGUUGCACAAGCACUUGAGCAGCAACCAGAAGUAGCUACGCGGUGCGUGCAAGAAGGUCAUGAUGUAGCUUCGCAUGGCUACCGAUGGGUGGACCAUCAUGAGUGGCCUAUCGAAAAGGAGAAAGAGUACAUUAGAAAGGGAAUCAACAGCUUGAAAAGCCUUACAGGAUACGUGCCAAAAGGCUGGUACUAUGGUCGACCCUCGCCUCGCAGUCGAACUCUUGUUCCACAAGUCUACCAAGAAAUGGGCGAAGAACUAAUAUGGGCCAGCGACACGUACGCUGACGACGUACCAUACUGGAUUGAUCUUCCCAGUGAGCGCAAUGAACCAAGCCCAAAGGGCUGUCUCAUGGUUCCAUAUAGUUACGACUGCAACGACUUUAAGUUCCACACCGUCACUGGUUUUAACGACCCUGACGGCUUCUACACUCACUUGAAGAAUGCCUUUGAUGUUCUCUACGGCGAGGGAGAAGACGGAGAACCCAAGAUGAUGACUGUCGGUUUGCAUUGUCGCAUUAUUGGAAGGCCCGGCCGGUUCAAGGCCUUGAAAGACUUUGUGGAUUACAUAGCACUGAAGGAUGGCGUUUGGGUAGCUACGAGAACAGAGAUUGCUGAAGUGUUCAAGGCCCAGUUCCCCUAUAACAGUGGUCAACUGGCGGGAGAUGAAAAAGUCAUCGCCAAAAUCCGGGAUGACCAACUGACAGUGGAAGAAUAUGCAGAGUCACUACUGGCACGCAUUAAAGAACGUGAUCCGAUUGUCAGGGGAUGGGUUUAUCUAAAUCCGGACCAAGUGCUCUAUGAAGCUAGAAAACUCGAUGAAAUACCCAAGGAGAAUCGCGGGCCACUUCAUGGUGUCGCAGUGGCAGUCAAGGAUGUCAUCUACACGAAAGAUAUGCCUACUCAGUUCAACUCUCCCAUCUACGAGGGCGAUGCUCCCCAGGUGGAUGCAGCUAGUGUUAUCAUCCUGCGUAAAGCUGGUGCCCUGAUCUUUGGCAAAACUGCCACGACAGAGUUUGCAGCUACUACUGAAGGGCCAGCUACUACAAACCCACAUGAUAGCUCUCGCACACCUGGUGGCUCAUCAUCAGGAUCAGGUGCAGUGGUUGGGGACUUUCAAGUGCCCAUUGCCCUUGGCACACAGACCGGAGGAAGCACCAUCCGCCCGGCAUCUUUCAAUGGCAUCUACGGUUUCAAACCAACCUGGAACUCCAUAUCAAGGGAGGGCCAGAAAAUGUUCUCGAUCAUCAAUGAUACUAUAGGGUUUUAUUCCCGAAGUGUGGCCGACUUGAACUUACUGGCUGAUGUCUUUGCUUUGGAAGAUGACGAACCUCCGAACCCAGACGAAGAAGUUUUGCUUAAAGAGCUUAGGAUAGGUAUCUGCAAGACAAUGGUAUGGCCUCAAGCAGGUUACGGACUUGUGAAUGCGAUGAUUAAAGCUAUUGAGCUCCUUCGCUCCAACGGUGCUACAGUAACCGAAAUCGAGUUCCCAGAUUAUCUGAAAGAUUUGCCUGACUGGUACUUCACCAUCUUCAACUCUGACGGAAGAACGGCAUUCUUACCCGAAUACAGACUAGAUAAGAGCCGUAUUGCGGAUCAGCUUGUCGGUCACGUUGAGAAUCGGAUGAAGAUCACUAGAGCUGCGCAGCUCAAGGCUUUUGAUGCUAUUGCGGCGGCGAGACCUGUGGUGGAUGACAUGCUCAGCCAAUACGAUGCUGUCUUGACACCAAGUGUGCCAGAUGAAGCGCCAGAAGGUUUAGAAUCUACUGGUAGCGCAGCAUUCUGCCAGAUAUGGACGGUCCUGCACAAUCCUGUCAUCAACGUUCCCGGGUUCAGGGGGUACAAUGGAAUGCCUAUCGGAUUGUCACUCGUUGCACCAAGAUACCAUGACAGAAAGCUUCUUGCAGUGAGUGAAGUUGUGGGAAGAAUGUUCGUGGCCUGUCUUUCGUGA